AUGCCAUCAUUUGAGGAUGACAGAGAACCACGACAGGGGAGGAGGAGGAGAUUAGGCAGGGGUGGCGGAGGUGGAAUUGGAGGUGGAGCAAGUUGGGGAGGUUUUGGAGGAGGAGGAGGAGGAGGUGGAGGUGGUGGGGGUGGAGCAAGUGGAGGAGGAAGGUUACAGAGGAGAGCAGUCGAUGCACACAUCCGAGAUUUAAAGGCACAACUGGAGGACAAAGAUGCAGAGAUUGCAGCCAGGGAUGUCCAUCUUUUUGCACGAGGGACCGAGUUAACUGUAGUUGUGCGAGAGAGAGAUGAUGUUGUGGAUAGAGUGAGGGAGAUGCAGGAUAGAGUGCGAGAACAGAGCGGCCUAAGAGGGGUCAAAGUAGUGGUGGUGUGA